GGGAUAGGCAGGAGAGGCCACCGGAGGAUGAUGCGCCAGUGGCAGCAACAAUGGCGGCCACUAUAUAUACCCCUGCACCCUCCAAUUCCUCUCAACACAACCACAAGCAGUUAGUAAUCUGUAUUAUUUCUCUGUACGUAGAUCGCUGACAAAUUGUAGAGAGGGAGAGAUGGGGAGGGAUCUGCAGGCCGGUGUGGGUGCAGGCGCGGCGGCGGCGCACCGGGAGAAGGUGAAGCUGUUCAUGGGGGUGCUGGCGCUGCAGUUCCUGCUCGCCGGCUUCCACAUCGUCAGCCGCGCGGCGCUCAACAUGGGCAUCAGCAAGCUCGUCUUCAUCGUCUACCGCAACGUCAUCUCCCUCGCCCUCCUCGCCCCCUUCGCCUACUUCCUCGAGAAGAAGGACAGGCCGCCGCUCACCUUCUCGCUGCUGGCCGAGUUCUUCGUGCUGGCGCUCAUCGGGAUCACGGCGAACCAGGGGUUCUACCUGCUGGGGCUGUACCACCUGUCGCCGACGUACGCGUCGGCGAUCCAGAACAUGGUGCCCGCCAUCACCUUCGUGCUGGCCGCGGUCCUCCGGCUGGAGCAGGUGGACCUGGGCCGGCGGCACGGGGUGGCCAAGGUGGUGGGCACGGUGGUGAGCAUCGGGGGCGCCACGGUGAUCACGCUCUACAAGGGCCUGCCGCUCUUCAGCCACAACCUGCACGUGCAGGCCGUCCUCUCCUGGACCUCCGGCAGCCCCAUCUUCAACUGGACGCUCGGCUGCGUCUUCAUCCUCGGCCACUGCCUCUCCUGGUCGGGAUGGAUGGUGCUCCAGGUGCCGGUCCUCAAGCGGUACCCGGCGCGUCUCUCGGUGAUCUCCCUCACCUGCGUCUUCGGGCUACUCCAGUUCCUCGUCAUCGCCGCCUUCACGGAGGAGGACCUGAGCCGGUGGAAGGUGCGGUCCGGCGGGGAGCUCUUCACCAUCCUCUACGCGGGGCUGGUGGCCUCCGGCGUGGCGUUCGCGCUGCAGAUCUGGUGCAUCGACCGCGGGGGCCCGCUCUUCACCGCCGUCUUCCAGCCCGUGCAGACCGUCGCGGUCGCCGUCAUGGCCGCCAUCAUCCUCGGCGACCAGCUCUACACCGGAGGGAUCAUCGGCGCGGUGCUGAUCGUCAUCGGGCUCUACUUCGUGCUGUGGGGCAAGAGCGAGGAGAAGAAGACGAGGAGCCAGGACCCGGAGAUGGCGAGGCACCUGCUCGGGGAAGACGGCGGCGCGGCUGACAAAGAUCAGCAAGUGAGCACCACUGUGCUGGCGUGACAGCUGCUGCUUGAUAUUCCUUGGAGAUGUGUGUACUGAUGUGGGUGUUUGUACCUACGUUUUUAACUAGUGUUUCAAGCGUGCGUUACGACCAAGAAGAAGAAGACUCGUACUAGUUGACGAUGUGAACUGCCAAACACACUCAGUCAUAUUUGGUACCUACUGUGUAUAGCCCCUGUCUUCGAGUUGUGUGUGUGUGUCUAUAAAUACACUAUGCUCCCUAAUUUUGAAGCUCUCCCAUUCUAUUGGGGUGUUCAAUUUAGAAUUUGGUUUAUGGUU